UAAAAAAAUUUUAAAUAAUUAUAGACUAGAACUGAAGUGCUAUUUGAAAAAUAAUCGAUUCAUUCAAUAGCGGCUACCCAAAAAUAUCCUAAAAAUUACCAAGCGCCUGAUUUAAUUUUUGUAAACAGAUUAUUUAGCUGGCGAACAUGGAACGUUUGGCCAGAGUUUUCUCCAAGCAGGACGAACUGAUAACUCUGGAUGAGGACUACAAGGAUGAGUUCGAAACCUUCAAGUCACUGGCCGCACUGCCAGUGGACAAGCGGCAGAGAUUUCAGCAGCUGGCGAUCAAAUUGCUACAGGAUUUCGAGCAACCACACGACACGAAAAAGUGCGCAGAACGAUCGCGAAAUCUGCGCGAGGAAGGCAACCUUGUGUUCAGAGGUUCCUCCGAGGAUGCGGUUCUGAAUGCCUGCAGGCUUUAUACGGCAGCCGUAUUCGAGGCUGAGGAUGCCGUGGAUGAGCUGUCGCUGGCGUUCGCCAACCGAGGAAUGGCUUUGCAGGAGUACGGAUACUACAGAGAAGCCUACGACGACUGCGCCAAUGCGCUGGAGUGUGGAUAUCCGGAAAAGGUGCGGCACAAGGUGAUCAUGCGGCAGGCCUACUGCGCCUGGAAGCUGGAAAAGAUUGCUUUGCUGGAGGAGCACUUGGAUUGUCUGGAGAAGCUGAAGCUUAACGAGAGCUUCCAACAGCAGCUGGACAACCUGAAGCAGAAACUGGAGCUACUCAAGAACCAAGCCAACGAGCAGGAAACACAAGAGAAAGUGGAGGAUAAAGCUUUAGGGGAAAUCCUUACAGAUCCUGGUCAGCGUGGACGAUAUAUGGUGGCUAAGGAAAACAUUAGCAAAGGCAAUGUAAUCUUUUCCGAGCGAGCUUCCUGUUUUGUUCCACUGCAACAACUGCUUAUUUGCCAGCAAUGCGCCGCUAGCUUAAUGAGCGCCCCCAUACCCUGCCCCAAGUGCCAUCAACGGGUGGUCUACUGUUCUAGGAAAUGUCGGGAAGCACACUCGGCCAUCCAUAAGUACGAGUGCGCCGCCUACAGAAAGGAUCUGCUCAAACUGUUGGGUGUUUCGCAUUUGGCCUUGCGAUUGGUCCUGGCUUACAUUCCCCACAUAAUGCCUCAUUUGCAGGAGAGGACCAGUGCACAGAGUAUUUGGGAUGAAAUUAUGAAUCUCGCCCGGAAACCGGAAGUAUGUGAGCACGCUCCAGAGUAUUUGCGAAGUCUGCGCAUGGUCAGUCUAUUAGAUCAGGCUUCCAAGGCGGAGUUAACUUACCACAUCCUCUGUGCCAACUUUCUUCAACUUUAUCUGAAAGGGCACACCGAUUUCUUCGAUCAGUUCCGCUCAAUGUCGGCCAGCACUGAAGAUUGGCAACUGAUUAUAUCAGCACUGAUUCUUCGAUUCGCCGGUCAGCUGCUGGCGAAUGGGCAUGUGGGCGAUGCGUUGCUCGUAGUUGGCAUGGAGCCAAAUGAGUUUGUCGCGCUGCAGCCGGAUUUGUGGCAAAAGCCUCGACACCUGAAACGCGGGCAGCUGCACAAUCUAUCCCACUCGGAGCUUAUUACAGCCAUCAAUCUGCCUAACUUGAGCUUGUGCAACCACGCAUGCGAACCCUCGAUUCGCACCAAGUUCGAUGGGUGUUCUGUGGUGAACUACGCUGCAAAGGACAUUUUACACGGCGAGGAGAUCUUCAAUUGCUAUACAAGGGAUUACAUGAACAGCUUAAAGCUUCAGCGAUGCGAACCCCUAAAGGACGUCUACAAAUUUGAGUGCGCAUGCACUAAGUGCACACAAACUGAUCCCGACCAAAACUAUCUUUCUUUCCAUCGUUAUCGCUGCGAAAACCCCAACUGCCGACAAGAGUUCCUCCCAGACGCCAAAGUUCAACGGAAUAAUCUCAUCUGGUGGCUGGCAUCCAAUAUAGAGAACCCGAUUAUUUGCACGGUCUGCCAGGAGCGUCAACAUUUCGCCUGGUACAAGGAGUUCCUUGAACUCAUCUGGAGCUGUGCCGAUUCGUCAAAAAGGCAGGCGCUCUUCAAGGCAUUCGAUGAUCUAGACCAAUGGCUUGUGGAUUACCACAGUUUAAAAAGAUUACUGGCCGAGGAACUGGUGAACGCCUGUUUUGUGGAGAUAGAUGAGGGUACUUCCCUGGAUGAGUUGGCAUAUGAAGAUCUUGCGAGGAUUAUACGAAAACAGCUGGAAGGCACUGCUGCGCAGUGUGGCGAUACCUCCAUGGAAUACAUUGCCCGCAUGACCUAUUUGUGGGAUAUCAUAGCCCAGAAGAAAUGCCGCACCAGCAAAAAGGAACUUUUAGAGAUGAAAGGUAAGGUGGAAUAUCUGGCUAGCGAGCAUCGCGAGGUUUUCUUGAACUAUUACAACGAUUUUAUUGAGCAACAAUGUAACUAACGAUAUACACGCAUUAAAUUCACUAGUUUCGAGCUACAAGCA